AUGGAUCCUCGCACCUCACAAGGCCCUCACAAGGCCCUCAUGGAUCCUCACAAGGCCUCACAGGCCCUCACAAGGCCCCUCACAGGCCCUCACAUGGAUCCUCAAAGGCCCUCACAAGGCCCACAUGGAUCCUCACAAGGCCCUCACAUGGAUCCUCACAUAGGCCUCACAAGGCCCCCACAAGGCCCCCCACAUGAUCCUCACAAGGCCCUCACAAAGCCUCACAAGGCCCCUGAGCCCUCACAAGGCCCUCACAAGGCCCUCACAUGGAUCCUCACAAGGCCCUCACAAGGCCCUCAAGGCCCCCGGCCCUCACAUAGAUUCUCACAGCCCUCACAUGGAUCCUCACAAACCUCACAAGGCCUCACAAGGCCUCACAUGGCCCCUCACAGGAUCCUACAAAGUCCUCACAAGGCCCUCACAAGGCCCUCACAUGGCCCUCACAUGGAUCCUCACAAGCCCUCACAGCCUCUACAAGGCCCUCACAUGGAUCCUCACAAGGCCUCACAUAGAUCCUCACAAGGCCUCACAUGGAUCCUCACAAGGCCCCCACAGCCUCACAAGGCCCUCACAAGCCCUCACAUGGAUCCUCACAAGGCCUCACAAGGCCCUCAAAGCGCCCUCAGGCCCCUCACAUAG